AGCUUCUGGCUCAAAGCUAGAGACAUGGGUCCUGCUAGACAUGUGCUGCGCGUGGCGGCGCUGCUCUGCAGUCUUUGGCCAAAACAACUCCUCUUUCAGGCUUAGGAGCCAACGACCCCAGGGGCCGCUGGCAAGCGACCGUGGUUUCCUGAAGGAUGGCGACGAGAGCUAGCAUGAGGCGAUCCAAUAAAUCACAAAUUGCACGACCGUCAUUUGUACCUGAGAGCCCCGGCACCAAGGAGCUUGAUGACAAAGACCUCUUCCGAGAAAAAAUUGAGCGAGAACGAGGGGAGCGAGGUGAAGGAAGCCCUGUGAAGGGCAACAAGAAGGUCGAUGAUUCAGACUUUCAAGCUGUCCUACAGAAGGAAGGGGUGGCCACCAACAACGACUUGCCAGGAGGAGGAAGCUUCGUCCAAAAGCCAGAAUUUGACCUUGUAAUAGCUCUUGUCAUCGUUGCCAACUCCAUUGCUUUGGGCCUGGAGAUCGACCUCUCUGAGCACACGCCACAAGCACUCUGGAUAGUGUGCGAGAACGUAUUCUGUAUCGUGUGGAUUUGCGAGUUGCUGCUGAAGUUAUUUUGUUUGGGAUGGUUAUACUGCAAAGAUCCAUGGAAUUAUUUGGACCUAUUCCUGGUGUUUUUGGCCAUAUACGAUGCUUGGAUAUCACCUUUCGUUCGCAGUUCAGACCCGAGUCACGUGGGCUACCUCCGGGUGAUCCGCAUGCUGCGGCUGCUCAGACUUGUGAAGCUUUUCAGAGUGAUGAAGAUGCAAAGGAAUCUUUGGCUGCUGGUUCAAGGCUUCAUCGAGUCCUUCAGCACUCUAUGCUGGGUCUCCUUCCUGAUUCUUUUUGUGAUUUAUGCAUAUAGCUGCCUUUUCAGAAUCCUGGUGGACUGCAGCCGGGACUAUUCGGAAUGGGAGAACUGUUCGAUGCUAUUUGGGACAAUGCCGAAGGCGAUGUUCACACUGUUCCAGAUGCUCACAUUGGAAUCGUGGAGCAUGCUGAUUGCACGUCCUCUGAUGGUAGUGAAUCCAGCCCUAUUUGUGCCAUUGAUAACCUUCCUGCUACUAACAACUUUUGGGCUCCUGAACAUCAUUGUGGGUGUCGUCGUUGAGAACACGCUAAGCGUCGCAAAACAGAACAUGGAUUUGCAAACAAAGCGCGCAGAGCGACAAUUGUUGAAGGAACUUGAACUUCUCAGAACAGUAUUUGAGGAAGCUGAUGUGGAUGGAAGUGGGACCAUGGAUAAGAGAGAAUUCUGCGAUAUUUGCAAUACAACAAGCGUAAGGCGUGCUUUGCAACGUAUGGGUGUGCCCUUAGACCAAUCGGAGACUUUGUUCGACAUCAUCGAUUCGGGUAAUACCGGCGAGGUCAACUUUCCUAGUUUCAUAGAAGGAGUGAAGAAUGUACGAGGAGUUCCCACAAAUCUUGAUAUGAAGACGAUGAUGGUUGCGGUCAGAAAUAUUCGGAAGCAACAAGUGCGGUUUGAGAAGGAGUCAGUGCACCUACAGAAGAUCCUUCUGGAAUUCAUUGCGGAGGCACAAGAAGGUGGAAACGUGAUCAACCUCCCUCCCAAAGAAGAACUGGACGAAUUGCUGAAGGUGCGAAAGAAAUUGGCACAAUGUGGAACUGGCAAUUUCAGCGACUAUGGUGCUGGAAAGGCUGCUCCAUGGAUGAGCGAAACAUUCGAGUCAGAGGAGCAGUUCCAAGAUGAUGUCCAAAGUGCAGCCAAGGCUUCUAGCAUCGGACAAGAGAUACCAGAGCAGACGCAGAAUUGGGGUGAAGACGUAGGACAUUCAGUGCCCGAGUCACCAAAGCCGCCGAAGCUGGACAAAGACCCCAUCGUGGAGGCCAACAACCUAUCCCUUCCUGGGCAGCCAGUAGGCCCGAAUGGCCGACAUAGCGAUCUAAGGCCUGACUCGUCACACAGUACCAGCGGCACUCUCAAGUGAGCUUCAAGCUGAGGAUUUGAAGAUCCAGUCAAUACACUUGAGCUGUGGCUACCUGAUCACAUGACGCAUUGGACAACUCACUACUCGCUGUAUGGAGGGAGGUGUGGCCGCAACGAGGACACGGCUAGAUCAAUUCGUGUCCGGCGGAUUUGCAGAGUCUCACUUUGAAAGUCAUAGUAUGCCCAAGUUUUCCAACGCGCAGGAAUCUAAGAGAGGUAAGC